AUGGCAGACUCGGAACCCUUCCCCGUGCUCAACACCUCGGCCGACCAGUUCAGCUCGGCCGCGGACCAGAACAAUGCCGCGCGCCGCCGCAGAAAGUCCAGCGGCCUCGGCCAGGAGAUCCGCGCCGGCGACACGGGCGCCCCGAGCCUGGGGACCGGCCUCGCGCGCAUCCAGGACCAGGACGCCGCCUCGACGCCGCCCUCGUCCUCGCACUCGUCCGCCUCCCCGAGCGCCAACGGCCGCCUCGGGGCCGCCCACGACAAGGAGAAGAGGUUCUCCAAGCGCAGAAAGGCGCGCUCGCUCCUGCGCCGCUGCGUGCGCUACGCCGUCAAGCACACCUGGGCCCUGCCCCUGGCCCUGCUGCUCGUCUUCCUCGCCCUGUACGCCGUCAACCCGACCGAGUCCAACCCCGUCCACCACUUCAUCUUCCUGUCCUACAAGCUGCCGCUCGAGGCCGGCGCCGACCCGGACACGCCCCCGCAGUACGGCAAGGGCCUCUGGGACUUUGCCUUCGUGUCCUUCUACAUCGUCGUCCUGUCCUUCACGCGCGAGCUCAUCAUGCAGGAGAUGCUGCGGCCCCUGGCCAUCUACUGCGGGCUCAAGUCGCGCGGCAAGCAGGCCCGCUUCAUGGAGCAGAUGUACACGGCCAUCUACUUCAGCGUCCUGGGCCCCGCCGGCAUGUACGUCAUGAGCCGCACCCCCGUCUGGUACUUCAACACGCGCGGCAUGUACGAGAACUUCCCGCACAUGACCCACGAGGCCUACUUCAAGUUCUACUACCUGUUCCAGGCCGCCUACUGGGCCCAGCAGGCCAUUGUCCUGCUGCUGGGCAUGGAGAAGCCGCGCAAGGACUUCAAGGAGCUCGUCGGCCACCACAUUGUCAGCUUGGUCCUCAUCGGCCUGAGUUAUAGGUUUCACUUCACCUACAUGGGCCUGGCUGUGUACAUCACCCACGAUAUCAGUGACUUUUUCCUGGCCACCUCCAAAUCCCUCAAUUAUGUCGAUAGCUCCAUCAUGGGCCCCUAUUUCGCCUUCUUCGUCUGCUCCUGGAUCUACCUUCGCCACUACCUCAACCUCAAGAUCCUGUAUUCUAUCCUGACCGAGUUUGCCACCAUCGGACCGUACGAGCUCAACUGGGAGACCCAGCAGUACAAGUGCCUGCUCGCCCAGGUCAUCGCUUUCAGCUUGCUGGCUGCCCUCCAGUCCCUGAACCUGUUCUGGCUGUUCUUCAUCAUCCGCAUCGCCUACCGCUUCGUCGUGACCAACGUCGCCGAGGACGACCGCUCCGAGGCCGAGGACAGCGAGCUCGAGGAGCUUGCCGAGCAGAAGAAGGAGGAGCUCAAGCGGCUGACGGAGAAGAGCGAGGAGACGCCGCUGCUUACCAAGGGAAGCAACGGCGUUGCGAACGGCACGACGUUGAAUGGGUCCUCCAAGAAGAGUGGCCGGUAA